CCCCGUUAAUGUACCAUUACCAUAGUACAUUGUGUUUACAACAACAUUACGUGUGAACGGCUUCAUACUUUCGAAUCGAUCUGUAUUUAUAGACCUGAAUUUAAGCCCAAAAAAAUCUCCUUUCAACUGUUAAUGGCUUUUGAUUGACACAUUGAUACAAUGCUGCAUUCGAUCUGUUGUUUUAGCAAGCAUCUGGUAAACGAUGUCAAUAUGUUUCCUUAUUCCUGUGACCUGUAUGAGCAAUUUCAAAACCCGAUUUGUCUUGCAUAGUAAUCACUAUGCAGAGGUAUACAAGUAACUGCACUAUGUGGGUUAUAGUUUUUGUUCAAGUUUUUCUGGUGGUUUUACUGAAUUCGUCCGAAGCUGGUAUAGCGUUUCUUUUCUUUGAUUGCAAGAUGGAUAAGUUUGCUAGAAUAUCUUGUCCAUCAAGUGAACUGGAGAUGAAAAGUAAGAUUGAAUGUUUGGAGUUUGAGUAUUGCUGUUGGGAUGCGACGUGGGAUGGAGUACCAAAGUGUUUCGUUGGAAACCCAGCAACAUCGACCAUCGAACCUCCUUUCACUUAUACAUCUACUCUACAAACCACGGAUGAUGACGUCAUCACUACGUCAUUCAGCACCAACACUACCGAAGUAACUGUUACGUCACAAUCCACCACUACUGCGGUAGAAGCGAUUUUGGCCGAAGCGAAAUUAGCGGCAAAUUUAUCUUCUAAUGCGAACGAAUUACUGCGUGUACUUGAUAACGGAGCUGACCAGGAGCAAGAUAUUCGUUCUCAAAUUGUUGGAUUUGUGCUUUCUGCUGCGCAACCAGUUUAUGAGAAUGAGGAUGACACUUCGUUAUCGGACUGGGUGGAUUUUUUCAACGGAGUUUUGAAUUACUCGGAAACCAAAACGCCAGAUAUGGCUCAGGUUUUUCUGCAAACGUCAAGUUCAAUUCUAAUCACUGAAGCCAAAACUGUCACGUCUUCCACAACUGCAGUCAACAACAUCGAGAAUUACGCUGUUGCCAUGACAACUACGUUGCUUGGAAACGACGUCAUCAACAACAACGAACGUCACGCGGAAGUUGUGACAAAGUUGAAUGACGUCACUAUUACGUCAUGCUACGAGGACUCUUCCAAUAGCGGGUGUGACCUGAUUAAUGAUGACGUCACGAUUUCCACUACCAGUAGCAACCAAAGAAGGUUUGUGUCUUACGUCACUUACGGUUCGAAACUAGGAUUUGCUAAUGACGUCAGUUUCCAAGGAGCAACGUCAUCACUAACGAGUAACAUAGUUUCAAUGACAUCACAUGACGGAGAAAAGUCAUUUGAUGACGUCAUCGUGAAUCUUACCUUUCGUAAGAACCAAUCAGAAGGUGCCAAUGCUUGCGGUUUUUUGACAACAAGCGGUAAUUGGUCGGAUUCUGGCUGCUCUGUGACGUCACUAAACGUAACACACGUGACCUGCUCAUGUGAUCAUAAUACGUCAUUUGCUCUACUGUUCCUGCAUUCUGAUAUUCAGUUCACGGCAGAAGAAUUGGAAUACUUGGACAUAAUAACUUAUAUUGGUUGUGGAACUUCUAUCACAGCUCUCAUGCUUACCAUAUUCACCUUCGUGUAUUUGAAGCUUACACGGGUUAAGCGUAUAAUUCUACAUAUGAACUUGGCGGUCACUUUAUGCUUGGGGCAAAUAAUUCUUCUGAUUGGAACGAAAGUAGAAGUUGGAACAGUGGGUUCGCCCUUCUGUAAAGUAGUAGCAGUGACGUUGCAUCUUCUCUUUAUGACGUCAUUCUCAUGGAUGUUGAUGGAAGGAAUUCUUCUUUACUUCCAAUCAGUGAGGGCCGUGAAAGGAGAUGUCAACUUUACUCUUAUGCUCGGUUUCGGGUGGCUACUACCAAUAGUGAUAGUUGGUGUCUCUCUGGGCGUUGGUUUUGAUGGUUACGGGGUCGAUAAAGGUUGUUGGUUGUCGGUAAAGAACGGCCUUACCUGGGCGUUCAUAGGUCCUGCACUCGGGUUCAUAACGCUAAACAUUAUAAUGCUUGCGAUGAUCGUGCGCGUUUUCCUCAAGUUAAAAAUGAACGCCAAAAGUGGGGAGUGGCAGAGAACAAGACGAGCGGUCAAAGCAAUAGCUUUCCUUACCCCGCUACUCGGGUUGACGUGGGUGUUUGGGGUCCUUGCUGUGAGCCAAUCAACGAAAUGGUUCAUCUACAUUUUCAGCGUACUGAACUCUUUGCAGGGAUUGACAAUCUUCGUGUUUCACUGCCUUCGCAACGAAGACGUGCGAAAAGCUUUCACAAAGAAAUACAAACGAUCGUUCAGAAACACGAGCGGUGUUUUCAGUACAGUAACUCCUUCAUCUGGACCUGACAGCACAUUUGUGAGAACGACUGCCGGGUUUACACCUAGAAUACCACACAAGGUGAAGUGGUAAAAGAUUAUCCAGUACUGUCCGUAAUAUCUGAUUUCGUUUGUGAAUUCUAUUUCAUAAGUCACUACUUUGAAAUGUACAUUCUCAUGUCGACAGAAAAGUAUUUUUUUAUGGAGCCAUUGUACAUAUUGUUUCUGUGUAACUUGACGGCGCUUCACACCGAAAUCUCUGGCACACAAAUUAUAUUUUGCGUAGACGUUCGUAUACAUAGUCUGUAGGUUGCUACUCGUAUAUAUAUAGAACCGAGAUAUAGUAGGGUGUGGGCUGGAUAUGUUUUACAGUUGGUAGUAAACAAAAAAUAUUUACAAAGUUAUUUAGUUGUAGCAUUGCGACUAUAAAACAGCGUUGUUAAUUGUCAAAAAAACGAUUGGAAAAAAUUUUUUUAGGUGAUAACGGUAUGCCAUCUUACCCCACAGUACUAUAUCUCUAGUAGGCCGUGGUAAAAUCAU